ACUGUCUCUCUCUCCCCUGUCUCUCUCGUCUCUCUCUCGUCUCUGUCUCUCUCCCCUGUAGCAGUAAGCUGCUGUCAGAGCUGCGUCAGGAAGCAGCGGUGUGCCUGGGUCUCCUGUGCACCGCUCUGAGCUAUGAAACAGAGCGCAUCUUCAAGUGGAUGUUUGUCAAGUUCAGCUCCAGCACCCGGGACGAGGUCAGGCUGCUGUACCUGGUGGCAGCGUACCGAGCCCUGGAGGCAGCCGGAGAGAGGAAAGCCUUCUCACCUGUCAUGCAGCUGGUGAUGAGUAGCCUGCAGUCCAUCCUGGAGAACCUGGACACGCCGGAGCUGCUGUGUCAGAGCGUCCACUGUAUCCUGCAGGUGGCCCGCUGCCACCCACACGUCUUCAGCACCAACUUCAGAGAUACGGUGGAUAUCUUGGUGGGCUGGCACAUUGACCACACACAGAAACAGUCUCUGACUCAGCAGGUCUCAGGCUGGCUGCAGAGCCUGGAACAGUUCUGGGUAGCAGACCUGACCUUCUCCACCACGCUGUUGGGACAGUUUCUAGAGGACAUGGAGGCCUACGCAGAGGACCUGGGUCAUGUGGGUUCUGGCGAGGCGGUAGACGAGGACAUCCCUCCUCCCACGGUGUCUCUGCCCAAACUGGCCGCCCUGCUGAGGGUGUUCAGCACCGUGGUGCGCUGCAUCGGACAGCGCUUCAACCCCAUUAGAGGACCGCCCAUCACACAGGCAUACGUCUCUGAUGUUUUGAACCGGGUGUUGGCGUGCGUGUCGACGGCCAAGCAGGUGUUGUUCUCUGAGCCGGUGUUGACGGCGGGGAACGAGUGUGUGUGUGUCCUGCUGGUGAGCUUGGAGCCGUCCGCACAGCUGACCGACGUCGUCAUCACCUACGGUCUGGACCAGCUGGAUGCCUGCCGGGCCUGUGGCCCAGAGUACAGCCUGGCCGUCCUCAGCCUCAUCACGUUGAUUGUGGACCAGAUCAACACUAAGCUCCCAGCGUGGUUUGUGGAGAAGCUGCUGGCUCCGACGUCACAGCUCCUGGAGCUACGCUUCAACAGGGACAGAGAGGUGAUGUCAGCAGCCCUGGGUGUGUACCAGUCUGUUUUGAGCCUGAAGAACAUCCCCAUUCUGGAAGCAGCAUAUAAACUGGUUCUGGGAGAGAUGGCCUGUGCCCUGUCCAGCCUUCUGGCACCCUUGGGCCUCUCUCCGACCCCUGGUACCCCCUCCCCGACCCCUCCACCCUUUCCCGGCAUCCAGCACCCUGUCUUUGCCCCCCUCACCCUCACCCCAGAGAGGGCAGAGUUCACCCUCAUCUUCAACCUGUCAGCCCUCACCACCAUCGGCAACACCAAGAACUCACUCAUAGGGAUGUGGGCUCUGUCUCCGACGGUGUUUGCGUUGUUGAGUCAGAACCUGAUGUUGGUCCAUUCUGACCUGGCCGUCUACCACCCUGCUGUACAAUAUGCUGUGUUGUAUACCCUGUACUCACACUGUACCAGACAUGAUCACUUCAUCUCGUCCAGCCUGUCCUCCUCCUCCCCUUCUCUGUUUGACGGGGCGGUCAUCAGCACGGUAACCACGGCAACCAGGAAACACUUCAGCACCUUGCUGUCCCUGCUGGGAGCCCUGCUGAGGAAGGAGCAGCUCUACACUGAGGCCAGGAAGCUGUUGUUGACGUGGUCUCUGGAGAUGUGCCUGAUGAUGAAGAGGUCUGAUACCUACACCCCUCUCUUCUCCCUGCCCUCCUUCCACAAGUUCUGCAAGGGUCUGCUCCACAAUGCCCUGAAUGAGGACCCAGUCAUCUGCCUGCAGACCUGCAACAGCCUUCAGGUCAUCUCCUCCUCACUCAACACAGAGCUGCUGCAGAG